UUGAAAUCAUGUCGGCUCACUUAAGAAUCAUCCUCUCCGUUCUUGUUCUUUAUUUUUUGUUGCUCAAUAACGAUUGGGCAGAACUACAAGCCUUUCGAGAUGGGUAAGGCUACGCUCCAAUGGCCUAAUUUUGUAUGUGCAGUUCAGAGUUCACCAUGUCCUAGACUCACUGUUUUCCAAAACAAAUUUAUGCUACAAGGGAUGUGGCCAAGUAACUACACCACCCGGAUAGAGUAUUGUGAUCGCAACGAUCCUCACAAUAAACUGGGACAAUCUGAUGCCACGCAAAGGGACCUGUUCUGGGCUGAUGUAAUGCGAGAUCUUGGGGACUAUUUUCAAACAGGCGUUCUGGAAACACGAAUGGUUAACACACGGCAGAUGUGCCCUGAUUAAGUGCACUCAACAUGCUUAUUUUAACUUAGCAAGAAAGCUUGCCAACAAGUGGGAAGUCCUCCAAAUGCUGAGAAAUGACGGUAUCACCCCAAACCCAAACGCGUGGCACGCUUUUACUACUGUAAAUACUAUUAUUUCUAAUUAGCUUGGGGCAGUUCCAGACAUCGAGUGUACCUGCCCACCCUGUUGUGCGAUAAAAGUGGUCCUCAUCUGCUGCAACACGGACGGGCUAAACGCAAUGAACUGCCUUGAGCGGGAAACCUACAAGGGAACUACUUUCCUCCGUUUCGAUGGGUGUGUUGAUCAAUGUGGUGGAAAUGUACGACUAGGCUAGAAAAUCAAACAAAAAUAUUCAAUAAAUAAUAGAUAAUUUAUUUAUUUAUAUUUUCUUGAUUAGAUAUAGGUGCGAAUAACUUUCAUAAUAAAAAAAGUCCAAACUAUUUUAAAGAAGCUUAGCAUUGAUAGUGUAUCCUCAGCUGAAAAAUAAUUAAAUAGAGAAACACUCUGGA